CGCGCGCGUCUUGCCAGAUCGCUCUCCUCCUCCUGAAGCGCUGCUCCGCUCGCUCGCGCGCGCCUCGGCACUCCUUUUCAUCUUUUAUUCUAAUGUAAUAUUUUCUUAUCUGGAUAUUAGGCUUACACAUUGCCUCCGGUCAGUCAAACUAGUUUCGACUCCUGGUAGUUUUUUUUUUUUUUUUUUGCGUGGCACAGUUGUCUCCUGCUCGGGACGAAGAGAGACCAGGACUCCGCUUGGACAUUCUCCUUCCCCAGACUUCUCAACGGGACAUUAGGAUCGCCUCUGUGGGAGAACGUUGAGGAGAAUCCAGUGGAGUCUGUCUUUCAUUCGCCCGGCAUGAGGCAGCAUGUGUUUACUCUCAAUUUAGCACAGAUCCUGUAAUUCAGUGAAACAGCAUGACAAAGGUUAUGAGCACCUGCAGCGCUUGGUGAUUCAGGAGUCAAGAGACGAGCCAAUGAAAGGAUGGCCAGAGGUCACAUGAUCUACAAAGCCGCCGUCCAGCUGGUCCUGCCAAUACUGCUGAGUGUGCUGCCGCUCACACACUCUCAAAGUCCGCCUCGUUUCACCCGGACACCCACUGACCAAACCGGCGUGCAGGGCGGAGUCGCCUCAUUCGUGUGUCAGGCCACAGGAGACCCACAGCCCCGAAUCUCAUGGAGUAGAAAGGGCAAAAAAGUCAUCAAUCAGAGAUUUGAGGUGAUUGAGUUUGGUGAAGGUUCUGGUUCUGGUUCAGUCUUGCGUGUUCAGCCACUGCGGACUCCGCGUGAUGAGGCUAUAUACGAGUGUGUUGCGUCUAACGAGGCCGGAGAAAUCAGCGCCUCCACACGCCUCACAGUGCUGCGUGAGGACCAGCUCCCUCCUGGCUUCCCGUCCAUAGAUAUGGGUCCUCAGCUCAAAGUGGUGGAGCGUUCUCGUACAGCCACCAUGCUGUGUGCGGCCAGCGGCACCCCCGACCCAGAGAUUACCUGGUUUAAGGACUUCGUUCCCAUUGACACAUACGCUCACGGACGCAUCAAGCAGCUGCGCUCAGGUGCACUGCAGAUUGAUCAGAGCGAAGAAACCGAUCAAGGGAAAUAUGAGUGCGUGGCUACGAAUAGCGACGGGACACGUUACUCAACACCUGCUAACCUCUACGUCAGAGUUCGAAGGAUCCCUCCGCGCUUCUCUGUCCCCCCCAUGGAUUAUGAAGUCAUGCCCGGAGGCGGGGUGAACAUUACAUGCCAGGCGCUGGGCGUCCCCAUGCCUUAUGUGAAGUGGAUGCUGGGAACGGAGGACCUGACCCCGGAGGACGACAUGCCAAUCGGAAAGAACGUGCUAGAACUCACCGACGUCCGACAGUCAGCCAAUUACACCUGCGUGGCCAUGUCCACUCUCGGCGUUAUUGAAACAGUAGCACAGAUCACAGUCAAAGCUCUCCCAAAUCCUCCAGGAGCUCCAGUUGUCAUGGAGCGUUCGGCCACCAGCAUAACCUUAAUGUGGGACAGCGGAAACCCGCUUCCCGUCUCCUAUUACAUCAUCCAGCACCGACCCGCCUCCUCCCAGGACGCCUUUAAAGAGAUUGACGCCGUGGCGACGACGCGGUACAGCGUGGGCGGCCUCAGCCCCUACUCGCACUAUCACUUCCGGGUCAUAGCGGUCAAUUCGAUCGGCCGCAGUCCUCCGAGUCCUACCGUGGAGGCUCGCACGGCGGAGCAAGCCCCGAGCUCGCCGCCGCGCCGAGUCAGAGGCCGCAUGCUCAGCGUCUCCACGGCGAUGGUGCAGUGGGAGGAGCCGGAAGAGGCAAACGGACAGGUGGUCGGGUACCGGGUGUACUACACUUCCGAUUCGUCACUGCAGGUCAACCAGUGGGAGAAGGAGAUGGUUCGCGGAGCGAAUUUCCUGACAAUACAGGAUCUAACACCGAACAAGACCUACUACAUUCGAGUCCUGGCGUUUACUGCCGUGGGAGAUGGGCCUCUCUCCAGCGUCCUGCACAUCAUCGCCAAAACUGGAGUCCCUUCUCAGCCCACUGAGCUGAAGGCAGAGGUGAAGUCAGAGACAAGUGUACUGCUCUCCUGGCUUCCUCCCGCACACAGCGGCACCGACGCCAUCACAGGAUAUGAGCUCAUAUACCGGCUCGGAGACCAGCCCGAGCAGAAGGUCGUGUUUGAACCGAGCUCCAGCUACGUACUGAAGAAUCUAAAGCCCUUCUCCACCUACGCGUUUCAGUUAGCCGCUCGGAGUAAACAUGGCGUGGGGGCCUUCACCAGCGAGCUCAGCAUACAAACUCCACAAACCCUGUUUGCUGUGAACUUUCAUGUGAAAGCUGCUAUGAAGAGUUCAGCAUGGCUUGCCUGGGAGUCUCGGACCUCCCCGAACAAACCAUCUACUUUUAUUAUAUCAUACGGCAACGGACGCAAACUAGAUGUAGACGGGCGUCUCGGGCUGCAGCGGGUCACCGAUUUGAAGCCGCAGUCACUCUACACGUUCCUCCUGAGCAAUAAAGCAGACGGCGGUGACGGUCUGCAGCACCGCGCCGACGCAAUGACCGCUCCGAACCUGAUGCCCAGGAAACCUCAGCUGGUGGAGAAGACCAGCUCUGACAGCACGGCGACACUGCAGCUGCCCUCUGUUCACACACACGCCCCUGUCCGGGGUUUCUAUAUCGUCGUCGUCCCACUGAAGAGGCAGAGAGGAGGAAACUUCCAGAAUCCCUGGACCGAUCCAGAUGAGAUAAAUUUAGAUGAGCUCCUGAGGAUGAUCAACGGUACGAGUCGAUCGGUGCGCUUGCGGAGACAGGCCGACCCGAAGCCGUACAUCGGUGCCUACUUUCAGAAUCUCCCGUCCGAGUUUAAGCUAGGAGACGGUCGUGUGUAUGGAGUGUUCCUGAACCGACAGCUUCUCAACGGACAGGAGUACGUCUGCUUCGUGCUGGCCAUUAUAGAGCUGGGACAGAAUACCGUGUACUCGACCAGCCCGUUUUCUGACCCCGUGGCGUUCUCAGACGUGGAGCCUCAGCCCAUCGUGGAUGAGGAGGAGGGGCUGCUUUGGGUGGUGGGCCCCGUGCUGGCUGUCAUCUUCAUAAUCAGCAUAGUCAUCCUCAUCCUCCUGUUUAAGAGCAAACCGGACAGGAAACGGGCGGAGUUAGAGGGCAGAAAGUGCAGCUUCCCAAGCAGCGGCAAAGCCAUGAACUCCCAGCAUCCCUCAGACCCUGUUGAGCUCCGCAGAAUCAACUUUCCAACACCUGGUUUGCGUUCCUCUGGUUAUCGCCGUUUACCAAGUAUGGCCAGUCAUCCUCCAGUCCCCAUUUCCGAACUGCCCAGUUACAUAGAGAGGAAGAAAGCCAACGAUGGUCUGAGGUUCUCUCAGGAGUACGAGUCUAUCGACCCUGGACAGCAGUUCUCCUGGGAGCACUCGAACCUGGACAUCAACAAACCAAAGAACCGUUACGCAAAUGUCAUCGCCUACGACCACACCAGAGUAGCGUUGUCUAACAGCGAUGGUCAGCCUGGUGGCGACUACAUCAAUGCUAAUUUUAUUGACGGCUACCGGAGACAAGGAGCCUACAUCGCCACCCAGGGACCCAUGCCAGAUACGAUCAGUGACUUCUGGAGGAUGGUGUGGGAGCAGCACACAGCUAACAUCAUCAUGAUCACCAAGCUGGAGGAGAAAUCAAGGAAUAAGUGCGAUCAGUACUGGCCGAGCCGAGGCACAGAGACCUACGGGCUCAUGCAGGUGUCUGUACUCGACACCGUAGAGCUCGCUGCCUACUGCGUCAGGACCUUCGCACUAUUUAAGAGCGGCAGCAGUGAAAAGCGGGAAGUCCGUCAGUUCCAGUUCACAGCGUGGCCCGAUCAUGGCGUCCCAGAACACCCCACGCCUUUCCUGGCCUUCCUGCGCAGGGUCAAGGCCUGUAAUCCUCCAGACGCCGGGCCGAUCGUGGUGCACUGCAGUGCGGGUGUGGGUCGUACCGGCUGCUUCAUCGUGAUCGAUGCCAUGCUGGAGCGCGUGAAGCAGGAGAAGACGGUCGACGUGUACGGUCACGUGACGCUAAUGCGCUCCCAGAGAAACUACAUGGUGCAGACAGAGGAGCAGUACGUCUUCAUAUACGACGCUCUGUUAGAAGCUGUCGCCUGCGGCAACACCGAGGUGCCUGCACGCAACCUCUACGCCUACAUCCAGAGACUCACGCAGGCCGAGCCGCCUGACAACAUCAGCGCCAUGGAGCACGAGUUUAAAAGGUUAGCCAACGCGAGGGCACACAACUCCCGGUUUGUGAGCGCCAACCUGCCCUGCAACAAGUUUAAAAACAGACUGGUGAACAUCAUGCCAUACGAGAGCACACGCGUGAGCCUGCAGCCGAUCCGAGGCGUGGAGGGCUCGGACUACGUCAACGCCAGCUUUAUAGACGGUUACAGACAGCAGAGGGCGUACAUCGCCACACAGGGUCCUCUGGCCGAGACAGCUGAAGAUUACUGGAGAAUGUUGUGGGAACACAACUCUACUAUUGUAGUGAUGCUCACCAAACUUAGAGAGAUGGGAAGGGAAAAAUGCCACCAGUACUGGCCGUCGGAGAGAUCUGCGCGCUAUCAGUACUUCGUGGUGGACCCCAUGGCCGAGUACAACAUGCCGCAGUACAUCCUGCGGGAAUUUAAAGUGACCGAUGCCAGGGACGGCCAGUCGCGCACCGUUCGCCAGUUUCAGUUCACCGAUUGGCCGGAACAGGGUGUGCCAAAGUCUGGUGAAGGCUUCAUCGAUUUCAUUGGCCAAGUACACAAAACAAAAGAGCAGUUCGGUCAAGACGGACCAAUAACAGUACACUGCAGUGCUGGUGUUGGGAGGACAGGUGUCUUCAUCACGUUGAGCAUAGUGCUGGAGAGGAUGCGUUAUGAGGGAGUGGUCGACAUCUUCCAAACCGUCAAAAUGCUGCGAACACAGAGACCAGCCAUGGUGCAGACGGAGGAACAGUACCAGUUUUGCUACCGUGCAGCGCUGGAGUACCUGGGCAGUUUCGAUCACUAUGCAACAUAAAGCGCGUCUCCCAGUUCCUCCGGACCAGCAGGACAUUUCCUCCCGUGUAAUCUUCUGUGCUAAACAAACUGUCUCUCCCAGCGCGGCUGUCUUUCACACCGUGUGUACUGAGCGUGCUGUCCAGCUGUGUGACUCAAAAAAAAAAGAAAAGUCACUUCAGUUCAGUUAAAUUCAGGGCUAUCUUAAGGUUAAUCUCAAAAAUAAUCACCAGGAACUUUAAAUCCGGCGCCUGGGAGACGCGUGCUCGAGGAACUUUUACUUUUGUUUUACGUAUUAGUUUUCAAACUUGUAAGAGAUUGGGGCUAAUACCUAAUCACCGAUGUUUUUGAGCUCAUGCAACUCCUGAUUGCGCACAGAUACACACCCACACACAUACACGCGUGCGCAGAUAUGUACACAUGCAGAGUGGACCAUUGGCAGUCACGAUUUUCUCAAAGGCUGUGCAAUACUGAACAUAACUGCACCUUGGAUUUAAACUCAAAGCACACAGAUCCACAGUAUUUUAUGUAAUUGUUUCAGUAUAAAAAAUAAAUAUUACUCUUAUACACAGUAUUCCUACAGUAUAUGUACGGUUUGUGGUGGUCUGGGAAAAAUCAGCUGACUAAAAAUAAAUAAAUAAAAAAUCAGGUUCCUGUCUGUAGUGAACUUUCUAAAGACAUUUCGUCUGUCAGAAAACCGUAUCGAGAUGAUCUUUGAACGAUGUUUCAUGGGGUCGCCUCACACCACCAGGGUCGAGGGUUCGAAUUUCACCUGCAUAAUAGGUUAAUUGGGAGUUUAAAAUUGUCCGUAGUGUGUGUGGACAGGUGGGUUUGCGGGUGUGUAUGUGCUCGUACCGUGGAAUGGCUUGGCACCGCAUCCAAAAGUUUCCUCCAAAAGAAAGACGUAAAAAACAAAGCUGUGAAGGUUCUUAUCGUGUCUAAAAGUGAAUCUGAAGCGUUUUUACACUAACACUGGAGACUAUUUCCGUUCACAUGUACUAACCUCGCGACACCUUUUCUUCAACGAGGGGACACACGUUUUUAAACCGUGCACGAGAAGUUACGGGAAAAGGGUUAGAAUACAGAGCAACAUGAAUACAUACUGUAUAAAUAAAUCAGACUUAUCGCUUUCAAUAUGUUGGGGAAUAAGAUUUCUGAAACUUUCACAGAGUUUUAUCAGUUUUCUUUUUUUUCCUAGGCCACCACACAAACUUGAGCACAUUUUUAGCGUGAGUGGUGUUUAACUAUGAAACGUAAGUGAGACACAAAUCAAGAAAUUUACAAGUAUAUAUAUAAAUAAAUAUAUAAGUGUAUGUAUACGUAGGCGGGUGCGUUUGGCACCCGAGAUGAGCGGAGACACCGAUUUCUCAAAGUUCACCGAAAUCGACCCGCGGUGACGUCACAGUAACACAUGAUGGUUUUCGACAGUAGUAGUGCCUUAUCAUACAUAGUGUCCAGUGGUUUGCUUUCGUUCCACUUCUCUCGUGCGUGUCCCCGCAUCUUAGGGUUGAUAAACCAGGAUCACGCACGCCACACACACACCAAAAUGAUAAUAUCGCUUGGGAAUGUACUGUAUGUUGAGCGUUACAUUCCUCACACAAAACACGUCACAUUAACGCUGGUGAUUUUUUAUAAAGCCAUACCUACUGACCAGUCCAAACUGAUGCUGCCACGGGCCUUUAGGGAAUUAUUAUUACAAAAUCAAUUAAAGUGUCGUAUGCAUGCACAGUUUUGGAUGGAGAAACUAUAUUUGACGGAAAUUAUGAAUUUUUGAGAAAGUUAUUUCAUAUUUUGUAUUAGUCAUCACAAGGAAUUAUAUCAGUUUACUAAAUAUUACACGAAAUUCCUCUCUUUUUUUUUAUUUGUAAUUGUAUCGCACCUUUUUGGGAGAAGCAUGCAGCGUUAAAAAUAUUUAGCUAGUUGAGGUGCUUUGGCCGUACAGACAUCUUCACCUUUUGAGGUUUUUCAUGCAGGGUUCCUGGUUAUAUGUAAUUAAUUAUAUUUUAUUAUGUUAUAUUAUAAUUUGCACUAUAAAUGUAAAAACAAACACCAGUUUUUCAUGCAAGCCACAAACGUGUGCUGGUUAUUUAACAUUUAUUCUUUUUUUUUAAUGAAAGCUGUUGAGACGUGUUAAUGGUCUUAGUGUGUGUGUGGACUGCAGCCUCACUUUGUGGCGAAACGACACACUCUCUAUGCACUAACAAACCAUUCCUCAUUCCUGGGGUACUGAGCGUUUCUUUUUAUCACCAUGGUGACCACAGUGUGUGUGUGUGUGUGUGUGUGUGUGUGUGUGUGCAUGUUAACGAUAUACAACGAAUAUCUUUCGGUGUUAAAGCUUAAGGAGAAUAUACACUUUGUAGUGUUUAGUGUUAAAUGUUUUCCAGAAGACAAGAUGGUGUGAUUGUAGUUCUCUACGAGUUGAACAAGAGGACAGGACCACAUUUCCUCAACUGUCCACCAAGAGCCAAAGCCCAAUUACAAAAGCUGUGGCUCCACUUUAACCUCCUGAGACCCGGAUUGUAAUGUCGUCUACCUUGUUAUAUUUAUGUUCAUUAGCGCCUGAUCACUAGGAACGUAAUCACUUGAAGUCUUUAAUCAGAAGAAGUUUAAAAGAGGCAAAAAUAAAUAACUGUCCCAGGCAAAUAUCAUGUCCUCGUUAUAGGACAUUCAGGUCUCAAGAGGUUAAUAUUUAGGAUUUCCUUCUCUUACGCGGUGUUCGGUGUGUUUUUCUGCAUAUUAAGAUAUUUGCCACGAUGAAAGGUUAAAUAAAAACAAUUUAAAAAUAAAACUCUAAACAUCAGCGUAAUGUUAAUUCUACAGAUUUUAUUUGCAUAUUUUUAAAAAACAAAAACUGCCUUUUUUUUCUGUCUUCCGUGCAAUGCCAGAAAUGCGAACAAUCCAUUUUGGAACUUUUGAAAAAUAAAUAAAUCAUUGUUUGUUUCAUUAUGUGAUAUGACCAAAUAUCCAUUUUAUUGCUCUUUUUUUUUCACUCUGUAUAAGUUUCUGCGAUUUGUCCCAUCUAGUCGACGUGAGCACAAGCAAAGGCCUGUCUUCUGUUAUUUACCUCUUAUUUUGUAGUCAAUGUAAAUAUUUUAGAGAAAUAAUCUUAUGCUUUUUUAUUUUCCUACUUUUGUUGUGAGAAAAAAAAAAGUCAUGUGUGAGAAUACAGGGGUAUUUGUGGAAUGUUUUUUUUUUGUUACAAAUAAAAUGGCAACAAAUGUGCAAGUGUUGUUGUUUUUCUUUUUUUACAUUCGACGAGAUGAGAAAAAAAUGCAUCUAUUCGUCUUCAGUGAGUAAGUCAGGGUUGUACACAAUCCACAUGGU